UAAGUCCGCCUAACUACAACGAACCUUUUACUCAAAGCCCUAAACCCUCCCACUUCCUAAAAACCCCUGUAACUCACUAACCCUGUAAUCGUCGACAUUAGCUAUGGCGAAAACUAAUCCCAAAACCUCCAACCCUACCAAAGUCGCCAUGAAGAAUAAACUCUCCAAAACUAAAAAUCCAUUCGAGACUAUUUGGUCUCGACGAAAAUUUGAUAUCCUGGGUAAGAAGCGUAAGGGCGAAGAGCUCCGUAUUGGUCUCUCUCGCUCUCUUGCAAUCCAGAAGCGGAAAAAGACACUACUCAAAGAAUAUGAAGAAAGUGGCAAGUCGUCUUUGUUUGUGGAUAGACGAAUAGGUGAGCAACAGGAUGAGUUGGGGGACUUUGAUAAGGCGAUUAUGCGUUCUCAGCGGCAGCGUCAGUUGAAAUUGAGCAAGAAGAACAAGUACAACUUAUCCGAUGAAGAAGAGGACGAGCUUGAUAUUUCUGGGUUUGGCUCGUUCUCAGGAAGAGAUGAUUUUGAGGAUGAACGGCUGUCUGGUGAUGAAGAUGAUGAUGAUGAGGGUGAAAACAAGAAGAGUUCAAAUGUGUUAAAGCAACUUAAUACUCAUAAUAAUAUGCAUGAUCCACUCGAAAGGAAUUUAAUGGAAAAAGAAGACAAUAAGCAUAAAAGCAAGAAAGAAAUCAUGGAGGAGGUUAUUCUAAAGAGCAAAUAUUUCAAGGCACAGAAAGCAAAACAUAAGGAAGAAAAUGAGCAGUUGAUGGAAGAAUUGGAUAAAAAUUUCUCGUCUUUAGUGCAAUCUCAGGUGCUACUGUCCAUGACUGAACCUAGUAAGAUGAAUGCUUUGAAAGCUCUUGUCAGCAAGGACAUUCCUGAUGGCCAUGUGAAGUCUGAUGGUAAAAAAAUAGACACUAAUAAACAGGACCAACCUGAUUCUUAUGACAAACUUGUGAAAGAGAUGGCAUUGGACAUGCGUGCACGACCUUCAGACAGGACUAAGACAGAUGAGGAAAUCGCCCAAGAGGAGAGAGAACGACUAGAAAGAUUGGAGGAAGAGCGUCAGAAGAGGAUGUUAGCUACUGAUGACACUAGUGAUGAAGACAGUGAAGCUGAUAAGACACCAUCUUCCCAGAGGCCUAAAUCAAUUUCUGGAGAUGAUCUUGGUGAUUCUUUCUCGCUUGAUGAAGAGCCUAAUGCUAAAAGGGGCUGGGUAGAUGAGGUUCUUGAAAGAAAGGAUACAACUGAGAGUGAAGAUGAUGAUUCCUCUGAGGAUUCAGAUGAUGCCGAGUCUGACGGUGUCUAUGAUGGACCGGAUGACGAUAGUGAUGCAACUGAAAAGCCUACUUUGAAGGACUGGGAACAAAGUGAUGAUGACGAUGUUGAAAGAGAUUUGGAGGAAGAACCAGAGUUGGAUGAAGAAGAAGAUGACAGUAUUGAUGAUGAGGAAGAGAUGGAGAUGAGAGGCAACAAAAAGUCAAGGGACAAGGCUCAUGUGGAAAUUAGGAAAAGUGAUAAGGAAUCUCUAGAUAUAAAGAAAAUGAAAUCUAAUCAUAGUAAAGUUGCAGUUCAAUCCGAUAUUCCUUUUAUAAUUGAAGCUCCAAAGAACUUGGAAGAAUUUUGUGCAUUACUGAAGAAUUUUUCCAAUGCUGACAAGAUUUUGGUUAUCAAUCGAAUUAGGGCAAGUAAUGCAAUUAAACUGGCUGCAGAAAAUCGGAAGAAAAUGCAAGUAUUUUAUGGUGUGUUAUUGCAGUACUUUGCUGUAUUGCCGAACAAAAAGCCCCUCAAUUUUGAGUUGUUGAAUUUGCUGGUGAAGCCACUGAUGGAAAUGAGUGUAGAAAUUCCAUACUUCGCUGCAAUAUGUGCUCGUCAGAGAAUCUUACGGACUAGAACACAAUUUUGCGAUGCUAUCAAAAACCCAGAAAAUAGCUGUUGGCCUUCUUUGAAAACUUUAAUUCUUUUGAGGUUGUGGUCCAUGAUUUUCCCAUGUUCCGACUUCCGUCAUGUUGUAAUGACUCCAGCAAUAUUAUUGAUGUGUGAAUAUCUCAUGCGCUGUCCUAUCAAGUCAGGCCGGGAUCUUGCUGUCGGAUCGUUCUUAUGCUCCAUGAUUCUCAAUGUUAGUAGACAAUCUAAGAAAUUCUGCCUGGAGGCGAUCAUAUUUCUUCGUACUCUGCUGAUGGCAGCUACUGACAGAAAACCAACAUCACAUCAGGAGUCCGAGUUUUAUCAUCUUAUGGAACUAAAAACUCUCAAGCCCCUGCUGUGUAUGAGGGAUCGUGUAGAUGAAAUUAGUCCUAUAAAUUUUCUCAUGAUAAUGGACAUGCCGGAGGACACUUCUUUUUUCUGCUCUGAUAAUUUUAGGGCUAGUGUGUUGGUGACUGUGAUUGAAAGCAUUCGAGGAUUUGUCGACAUUUAUGAAAGAUUGAGUUCCUUUCCUGAAAUCUUCUUGCCAAUUGCUAUGUUGUUGCAUGAAGUAGCACAAGUAGAUAACAUGCCUUCAGCAUUGCAAGAAAAAUUUGAAGAUGUAGCUCUAAUUAUUAAUAAAAAGGUUGAUGAACAUAACAUGUUGCGGCAACCACUGCAAAUGCGGAAGAAGAAGCCAGUGCCCAUCAAAUUACUAAAUCCGAAAUUUGAGGAGAACUUUGUUAAGGGUCGAGAUUAUGAUCCUGAUCGUGAACGGGCUGAGAGAAGAAAAUUGAAAAAACUUGUUAAACGGGAGGCAAAAGGUGCUUCUCGAGAAUUGCGUAAAGACAAUUAUUUCUUAUCUCAGGUAAAGGAAAGGGAGAAGGCAAUGCUGGAGGAAGAAAGAACAGAGAAGUAUGGGAAAGCAAGAGCCUUUCUCCAAGAACAAGAGCAUGCCUUUAAAUCUGGGCAACUGGGUAGGGGUAGGAAGAGAAGGAAAUGAAGGUAACAUCUUUAGUUUGUGCUGCUCAGGUGCUGCUCUUUCUGUAAUUUUCCAGAAUUGUCUUGUAAUUUUGAGAUAUAUUGUUUUAUUGAUUCGCUUCAUUGGGUAUGUUUUGUUCCUGUUUUUCUUACUCUUUCUCAGUCAUUCACAUAGCUGUCUCAUUGUCACUGCCACCGUUGUACCCAAGGUAAAAUUGGGUGGGUGGUUGGUUGUAUUUUGAUUCCCAUUUGCGGGGACCUAAAGGCGUAUAAAAUGAUAGCCAUUGUAUCUAUGAAAUUAAUUAGUUGGUCUGGA